AUGGACAGCGUCAAAACGCCUUUCCCUGACUGCAUCAAAGCACUUUGCGACAACAUCAAACUCGACCCAUACUUCAACGACUUCUACAAAUGGUCGAGAGAGAAUGGUGUCCCAGUCAUUGUCCUCUCUUCGGGCAUGACACCAAUCAUUCGAGCUCUUCUCGUUCAUCUGAUCGGUCCAGAAGGUAAUGACAUUGAGAUCGUGAGCAAUGAGGUUGCGGAUAGGCCCCCAAAGAAAAUGGCAGAGGAAGCCGGCUGGCAAAUAAAGUUCCAUGAUGAAAGUGGCUUCGGUCACGACAAGUCUCUGACCAUCCGACCCUAUGCCAAGUAUUUCGAGGACAAUCCCAACGAGCCACGACCGACCAUGUUCUAUGCUGGAGAUGGAGUAUCAGAUCUAUCGGCAGCAAGGGAGACCGAUCUGCUAUUUGCCAAGAAGGGCCACGAUCUCAUCACAUACUGCGAGCGAGAAGGUGUUCCUUUCACGGUCUUCGAGGACUGGCAAUCAAUCCUCGCAACCACAAAGGCCAUAUUUGAAGGAAAGACCAGCGUCAAAGAGCUGGCAGCCGAAAGCGCAGAGAAAGCCAAAGAGAAGAACUAA